GUCGCAUGCGAUGCAGCAGUCAGGUGAUCGAAAGCGAUAGUCGUUGACCUUGGUUGGGUUUUUGAGCGUUUGGCUUGGUAAUAACAACUAAUAAUAAAUAAUAUUUUCAUUAAACAAAUCGAAGUCAAAAAUAAACAAACAAGACAAACGCCGACAGCAGACUGCCUGACAGUGACACUGUGACAGGAAAGGCGUUCUGUCUAUAAUAAUAUAAUUGGUAUAGUUGAACAUAAAAAGAUUUGACUUCACCAACAAAAGGCACCAGGUAAUAAACGCCUUUUUAUAUUUGGAAGAACAUUGAAGCGAAGUAGUCCGGCCUCGCAACAGCAUGGGACAGUCCCCCAGCUCAUCAGCCAAAGACCAGGAAGUGACGAAAGGGACACAAGGGAAGGGAUCUUCAUCAAGUCUCCUCUCAGAGCAUGAACUUGAAGAACUCAACCAAACGUUCAGGAAAAUAUGUCAACCUAACAAAGUGGAGGAUGGUUUCACACUACCACAGCUUCAGGGCUUCAUCGGAGGAAAGCUCCCAUCCUCCAUCGUUCUAAAACUCCACAAAGAGAUGAAGGCCAAAAAUAUACCAGACGAGAUCAAAAUAUCUCGGAACGCGUUUGUCAUGACGAUGGGUUGUUUGAUGAACGGGACUGUGGAUCAACAGAGUGGAUUGAUGUUUUCGCUGUUUGCUGACGAGGGCACGAACGCUGUGUCUGUCGGUCAUCUGUCAAAGCUCAUAGGCUCCUUGCUACAAUCUUAUGAAGAGGCGUUAAAAACCUGUAAUCAGAUGAAGAACUGGGACUUAGUCUGCACACCGGAAUCCAACAAGAACUUCAUCGACCUGGUCAUGAGGAUGUUUAGUGCUGGAGGAAAGACAACGGGCUCACCAGUGAGUAAGGAGGAGUUUGAGCGUUGGCUUCAACAGACUCCACUCAUGCAGAAAGUCUUCACGGCUUUGUUUCAUCUCUGCUUUGUUGACACUUCUAAAACACCUGCUGCUGCGGCAUCAUCUGAUGACUGCUCAGACUCGUCUGUUCUUUUCCACAUGCCGUGCUUACCGGCCUGUCUGGAUAUUGACUGGCGUCGAGUACGCAGCCAGCUCCACAUUCCUACCCUACUCAUUCUCAACCAUCAUCUACCCCGGCACCUUCAAGACCAGUGGCGUUUCUGUUUCUCAUCCAACCUCCACGGCGCUAGCUUUGCCACUUUGCUGUCGCAUAUUAAAAACAAGGGUCCCACGGUUGUGCUGGUGCGAGACACAGACGGGAAUGUCUUUGGGGGCUUUGCGUCACAGAGCUGGGAACUUGGCCCUAGUUUUGUCGGUUCGAGCAGCUGCUUCUUGUUCAGUCUGGCACCCAAGGUCGGUUUCCAUGAACCCAGCGGGCAGAAUGACCACUACAUGUAUCUCAACAUUGACCAACAGACACUGCCCAAUGGUCUGGGUAUGGGCGGCCAGUUUGACUACUUUGGACUGUGGAUAAAUCAGGAGUUUGGUGAAGGGCAUAGCCGUGCCAGACCUAAAUGCACCACGUAUGACAGCCCUCAGUUAUCAUCCAAGGAGGACUUCACGAUUGAAACAGUUGAAGUGUGGGCUGUUGGUCCACUGCCAAAGAAACCACAGGAGGAGGACGAAGAUGAAAAGAAGAGUGUGCUGGAUAAGAACCCGGAGGCUCAGGCUCUGCUUGAGCUGAUCGGAAAAGAGAGAAAGAGUGAAGGGCUCCGAGAAGAGGAUCCCACUGCCGACAUUCCAGCCAUCCAUGAAAUGCCUACCAGAUAGAUGGCGCUUUGUGUCUCAGCUCUCUGUCUUUUUUUCCUCAGUGUGAUCUGUAAUCUCAAACGCUUUUUCAUACAUAACCAUUUCUCAUUCCUUAGGUGUUAGGCAUUUCGGAUCUUUCAACUCCA